CGUCAGCAGUAGAGACCUCCUCAUCCUCGCAGCACUUUCUCUUCCUGCUUCCAACUUUGCCGCACAUGACACUUUACCGGGGUGAGUAGCCCUCGCUUCGCAAACAACCGCGCUCGCGACGAAACGCCGUCGCUGCCGGCGCCAUCUCGACGAGUCGCGCGCUCAUUUCCGCGCUCUUUUAGGCGAGCGAACUCACUCAUGAACUUCUCGUGACAGAGCGACGUCCGCGUUUCACCUGAACGCUCGCCGUGAAAAUGCCCGGAUCGUGUCCACAGCCGACGGUUUGACCCGCAGCUCCCGGUUUCCGCGGUGCUUCGGCCGUGAAAAUGAGACUCCGGUUGUUGAAGAAGAACUUUAUCGCCUUCCUCGUCGUUCUAACCGUGUUUGUAGUGUUGUUUUACACCAUACGACGGGCUAAGAGCGAGACGAGCGCGGAGGAGGGCGAAAAGGAGAUCACUCAGACUGCUAUCAUGGUUAAGUUUGACUACGGGACCAUUGAGAACAUGAGGAAGUCCGUCUACGACAGCAACUACAGGCAGUUCGUUCAGAACCAGGACCGGUUCCCGUCGGAUCCCGAGGCGGUGGUGGUCGUGCAAGUCCACAACCGUCCGGCGUACCUCAAAAUGCUCAUACGCUCCUUGGAGAAAGUCACCGGGAUACAAAACACGCUUGUGGUGUUCAGUCACGACUACUUCUCGGAGGAAAUCUCAGACAUGGUCAAAGAAAUCGCCUUCUGCAGGGUCCUCCAGAUCUACUUCCCCUACAGCACCCAGCUGUAUCCCAACGAAUUCCCGGGACAGGACCCUCAAGAUUGUCCGAGGGACGUAUCGAAGGAGGACGCCGUGAAGAAGGGCUGCUUGAACGCAGAGCACCCGGAUUCGUACGGACACUACAGGGAAGCGUCCAUCACCCAAACCAAACACCACUGGUGGUGGAAGCUGCAUUUCGUGUUCGAGCGAGUGAGGGUUCUUCGCGGAUACAACGGGUUCGUCGUCUUCCUCGAGGAGGACAACUACCUUCUCCCGGACUUCCUCGCGUACUUCAAAUCCAUGACCGAGCUCAGGAGAGCCAAAUGCGGGGAUUGCGACAUCCUCGCCGCGGGCAACCACAACGGCUUAUCGGGCUUCCAAGAGCUUUCCAGCCAAACGGAGACGGCCGGGUGGCUCUCCACGAAGCACAACAUAGGAAUGGGCGUCUCCAGAGAGCUCUACUACAAACUGAUGGGAUGCAAUAACGCGUUCUGCACCUACGACGAUUAUAACUGGGACUGGACCCUGCAGAACUUGUCUGGAGCGUGCAUCUCCAAACCCCUCAAGGUUCUGGUGGCUCUCGGGAGUCGGGUUCUCCACACGGGAGACUGCGGCCUGCAUCAGAAGGAGGGCUGCCGGCCGGAAAAGGCCCUGGAGAGGGUGGACGAGGCGCUUAAGGAGGCGCAAGCGGCUCUUUUCCCGCCCGCUCUGACCUUGACGGACCACGGGCCGGUGCAGCAUCAGCCUCACGUGAAGAACGGAGGAUGGGGGGACGUCCGCGACCACACGCUGUGCAUCAACUACGCAGCUCGACUCUGAGCCGGACGCUUAAGUGCCAAUCAGAAUAUCAGGGUGAAAUGAAGCAGGUUUUUUUUUUUUUUUUUGCGUGCACCAAAAAAAACAGGAAAACGGUGCGCAGAAUGCGGGUCAAUCUCACCAAAACAAAAAAAACAGGUCGAGUUUUCGCAACAUAACCGAUAAACGAAAUAUUACUGCUUUUUUUUUUUUGAAACAAAGAAUAGAAAAUAUUUUUGUGUCGCGGAGAAAAUGCUUUUCCGCUCUUCUCGAAACAUUUCCGGUUCAAAUUGGUGUCGGUUGCCAUUUCUUAGCAAUUUUUCAGGAAAUAUGUACUAGAAACUCGUUUCGGUGUGCGCUUCAUAGUUUCUACGAAGGAAAUGGCUUUUCAAUUUUGCGAGCGGUCACGAAGACGUUAAUUUCGAACCUCGAAUAACAUUUUUUUGCAAUGCGUUUUAUAGUAGAAGUUUACUAUAUAUUUUUAAUGAGCGUGCAUUAAAGCCAGUACGCCGUUUAAAACAUUUAAAUAGCCUUUCUACUUAAAAACUGCACCUUUGAUUCGCUGUGCAGUUUCUUUGUAAUCGAACGUGAAAUUUUGAAAUCAGUUUAUGAGUGAAAACCGUUUCUACGCCAACCGGCUCUCGCCAUUACGAUAAUGAGAAUUUGUACUCGGAAGUGCGCUUAUUUGUGUUAAAAAUCUCACGGCACUAAACACGUGAAUUGUAUGCGCAAUAAUACAUGUAAAAAAAAGUCUUUUUAUUUGAUUUUGUGGAGAAAUGUGACGUCUCCUGAGAUUCCAGACACCAUCAGAUGUACAUCGUUGGAGUAUCGCUGACACUUGAUCCAAGGGAAACUGUUCAAGCUGCGAAAAUGCUCGUUUUUUUAAUAAUUUCAGCGCAAAUCAUAAACCCUCCAGCAAACCACAUCCAGAUGGGCUUUUGUUGUAAAUGACGAUAGUUUAAAUGUAGCAUUCCUUCAGUCUUACUGAUGUUUCUUCAAAAUGAACUGGGUUGUUUCAUGCUUUUUUUUUUAACAUAGGGACAUUUAUUUAGAUGUGAAUUUUUGUUGAAUGUGCCUUGUAACCGUUUGCGCUUUGCAUCCUUUCUAAUCCAGGUUUCUUUUUUUUUGCCCUGUAGCUGCUUUCUUGCCCAACGCGUACAUUUAUGCGAGAUAGCAAACACAAUCUGGCAUGGAUGUGCGUGGAAGACGGGAAUGACUGCACUGUGUUGUUUUCAUCAGUUAAACAGGUUCGGCUCCAGAUGUUCGUCCAUAAUCGCUGUGAAGCGCGUGCAAGGGUGCAUUGAUUUCCCAACGGAGUAGAAGUUUGGGCAUAGACGUUCCUGGGAUGGAAGACUUAUAUAAGUUGUGAAAUGUUAUCUUUACAGCCUUGACAUAAAGCCAAAGAAGCUCACCUUUGUGCUUGGUUUGGAGAACAUGGAUGAUGCAAAGGUGGGCCCCUCUUUUUUUUUUUCCAGCUGACCUUCCCUGCGUGUUUCCUCUCGGUUUCCUUUCUGUGAUUUCCGUUAUACCUUUGGGGAGGAAAAGCUGACAUGCUCGCAAGAGUUGCCAAAUGUUUUUGCGAAAUGGAUCUGAAAUGCAUUCUUCUUUUGUGUUCUGUGUGUGUGUGUGUGUGUGUGUGUGUGUGUGCUUGUUUUCUUUUGUACGGGUAAGAGAACGACACGGAUAUGUUUGUUUUUCCCAAAACAAAUCUCGUUAGCUCUAAAAGCCAUAUUCGUUCUUUUAAGCUUUCAGCCAAAGACGCAUUGAUCAUGUCGGCGUGUUCAGGAGUGUGUAUACCGAGUCACAUCUGUGUAAUUCUGUUUUCUCUGAUCUCACGAAUAAGGGGUACUGCUUGUGGUGAUUUUCUGUUUUUGGGCGUUUGUCGUUUUAAAACUGAGUUUGUAUAUAAUAUAUUGCGUGAAAAAUA